AUGGACCGUCGCGACCGAGGAACCGCGAUCAUCGCUGAAGAUGAGCGCAUUCGACGCGUUGCCGAGGCCAAAGACAGCAUUCGACAGGAGGCUCAGUACACUCCGGCGCUGCUUGGUCGCAUCAAGUCCCGGAUUGAAGCCAAUGCUUUCCGCCGCUGCAUCUCCGACAACACUCUCUACCAGUCUCUCUGCAACUCUUUGAAGGACAAGAACCUCCCCGACCGCGAACGCCGUCCCGACCUCGUUGACUUCCUUGCUCUCGAGGCAAUCUUGCCCGUUCAGUACGAAGGCCAAUACAACCGCGUCCUCGAUGACCUCUUUCUCAGAUGUGGCACGAAGGCAUGGAUCGACAAAGCCAUCUUGGAGGCCAACCACCACUGGUUCAAGGACCAGAUCAGAGACGCCCGGGGUUUCAUCCGCAAUAUGAUCAACAAGGUCGACUCUCAGCUGCUCGAGAUCAUCCUCGAGGACCUCGAGACCAACUUCUGGCGCGAGAACCUCAAAGACAACGUUCUCUACAAGAAGAUCUUCAUCAAGAUCAUUGACAACAACCGCCUCACCCAGCGAGACGUACUCACCGUCGUCGCCCUCAAUGGUGGCAAGUAUCCCACCGAGAUCUUCCGUCACCUCGUAGUCAAGCAGAACUCCGACAUGCUUCACUUUGGCAACAACUUCCACGCCCGGCACGCCCUGUACGAUGACGAGGAGGUCCGGGCCUCCGUUCCUCCCCCCUUGGUUCCCGAAGUUGCAACCACCAGCGGCGCGCCCCUCACCCACGCCAACGUCAAUGCAAUCCCCAACAUCAACAGCCCGGCUCCUCCCGCCGAGCCUGACGUUAGUAACAUUGGCGACUUUGAAGCGAUCGCUGCAGCUAUGGGAAACACACAGAAAGGUCGAGAGCUUCGGAAGAAGAUCGAGGAGAUGAAGCAGCUCGUGGGAAACGACUGUGGCGCGCUUCGUGCGGUCCGGGGCGGCCGCGUGACGAAACCUUCGGCUUCCAACUCUCGCACGCAGAGGAACACCGUCGUCGAGACUAUCGAGGACGACGUUCAGACUUUGGGCUCAAUCGAGGUUGGCGAAUCUGGCACCACCAUCAUUAAGAGAGAGCGAAUCAGCCCCAAGAUUGGAAUACAACCUCGCGCUGCUGGUGGCCCUCGCAAGUGCCACUAG